GAAUCCCUCAUCCCUCAUCCCUCAUCCCUCAUCUCUUUUAAUACUGGAGGAGCAAGUGCAAUUUGUGUGCAUUGCAAUCCACCAUGGCCAUGGCUUUAAGCAGCAUUUCUUCCAUUCUUGUUAGCGUUUUUGUAUUGCUAUUGUUCCCAAAAUCAGAAGCUUUUCUUUCUACCCAGCUGAAGCGCAAACUCUCUACUAUAAACAGAGGUGGACAGUAUUUUGGUUUAGUUAUUCCCAACACCUUCGAAAUGAAUCCUCUUCUCCAGCCUCCUACUUUCUUGACCAACGAUCAUCAUCCUUAUGUCGAUAUUUCUGGUCGAAGAUUUCAAAUUGGGAAAGUUACGAACCGCGGCGUCAUUGUGGUCAUGACAGGACUAGGAAUGACCAAUGCAUGAAUAACCACACAGUUGCUGCUCACUUUGUUUCGUGUGAAAGGAGUUGUACAUUAUGGAAUUGCAGGAAAUGGCAAUUCUGACUACCACAUUGGGGAUGUAACUAUUCCACGCCAAUGGGCUCAUACUGGCCUCUGGAACUGGCAGAGAUAUGGACAAGUAGAGAAUGAUGAGCUUCCUCUGGAAGCCAAUGGAGACUAUACUCGUGAGCUUGGGUACCUUAAAUUUUCCAACUACAACACUCCUACAGGAGGAUCUCAUAAUCUGUUGAAUAAUGCGUGGUACCAACCUGAUGAGUUCUUCCCUGUGCAUGGUACCCCGGAGGUUCGAGAACAUGCAUUUUGGGUUAAUGUUUCUGAUUCCUAUUAUCAGCUUGCGCAGAAGCUUGAGAAUAUGAAGCUAGAAUCCUGCUUGAACACGAGCAACUGCCUGUUUCACAAGCCAAAGGUUGUAAGAGUAGAAAGAGGUUGCAGUGCCAACGUUUAUGUGGAUAAUGCUGCUUAUAGAAACUAUCUCCACCAAAAAUUCAAUGUCACCCCCAUCGAUAUGGAGAGUGCAGGAGUGGCUCUGGUGUGCCUGAGCGAAAGCAAGCCAUUCAUAAUUAUCAGAGCUCUGUCUGAUUUAGCAGGAGGAUCCAAUGAAGAAAAUGAAGCUGCUACCUUUACUGAUUUGGCAGCCAAAAAUGCAGUAAUAGUAGUCACCACUUUGUUAAAGUUGUUGCCAUGAUGGCACCUUGGUUGUGGUCAAAAUAAAUAAAUAAAUUAUUGUCACUGCCAUCCAUUGGAUGGGAAGAAAUGUUUCACCAGUAACCUGGCAUCUAUUAAAUGUGGAGUGCAUAUACAUCUACAUACAAUAGAUUGACUGCUACUGCAACCACGUACUAACUAAAAUAUGUGCCAUAUGCACCAUGAUAUCUGAAUUGUUAUAUCUCUAAAGUAUCAGAACUCUAUUAUCU